GUUGACCUACUGUCAAGUUCUCCAUCUGCAUUUUGGAUGAACACUUGUUCUCAUUCAUAUGUGUUCCUGUUUUCUUUUCCUAUUAAAACUAGAAAAUGAACCUAAUUUAAAUUUAUCAUUGAGCCUUAUCAAUAGUAGAUGACAAAAUUCCACAAAGGUCUUCCAAUGAAUGGAGGGCCAGUGGGUAUCAGGAGAUGGGGUCAGAUCAGAAGAGAGACACUGGAUGCCUGGCCUGCUGAGAAGCCCAUGACGCAGGAUGUUUUGGAGUAUAAAAAGGGGACAGAGACAAGCAAGGGGGUGCACAGUACAUAAAACGGUACCACCUUCAUUCUAUACCUGGACCUGAAGGUAAGUCACAUACUGCUCUGAAUUUGCAUUUAUCUAGUAGUUGUGUAGUAGAAUAUGGUAACCAGCUUUCAAAGUAUUAUGCUUAAUUAAAGCUCUAACUGUCGUUUUUUCAAAUGUUGUUUUUCUGAACUUCUGUAGAAUAAUCUUAAGGAGCUGAUCUCUCAUCUAUCUAUUGCAGUGUUGGCAAUAGACGAAUUUGUUUUUGCAUAUGUGAAGGGACAACAAGAGAAAAUUUUAGGAUGCUUACUGUGACUGAUGUAAGGACAUCAGCUGCAGUUCAUUUGUGGCAUUUAAUAGGACAGGGCCUAUAAAUUAGUAUCUUUUGAAUGAAGGCUCAGUACUACUGCUGUGGCUGUGAGCUGUUGGGUUCUGUCUGAACAUUUUGGUAAAGCAGCAAAACUGCCCCAAUAAAAAUAAUGGUUGGUUUCCUGGACUACACAGAAUUCUGAAUGGAGAUUCUCUUUUCAAAGGAAAACGUUGCAUAGCAUUAGGCUUAACCCCUGUCUGAGAGAGCAACCCUUAAAUACAUAAAUGCAAAUUAAUCCUAUAACAACUUUUAAGAUGUCAUGUUUGUAUUAUUUCUUAAGAAAAUAUGGAUGAUUGUUCUUAAAAUGAACCUUUAAAAAUCCUGACCAUGUUUUUUUCAAUUGAACCUCCAGUAUCGAGCAUAACCUUUUGGUUUCAGAGGAACACUCGAAGAGCAGAUUAGCCACAGGAGGAAAGGUGACGUCAGAUGCUUUUGAUGGUGUUUUUGAAGUUUGUGUGCUCCUGUGUGUGUGCACAGCACGUGUGGGUACUGACAGGAAACUCUCAUCAAGAAAAGGAUACUGAUAUUUCUCUUCAGUGCACUGGGGAUACUACUGGAAAUGCUACUGCUCACUAUGAUGCUUAUGGUAUCAGUUACACUUGGUGAGACCUACCCCACUGGGCCUCUAACAUUCGCCGAUGAAGACAAGACACCUGAGGAGACAGUGCUCCAAGUUCUGCAGAGAUUAGAUCUUCUGCCCACUCCUGGACCCCCAUUGUCCAAACCUUCAGCCUACUUCCCCACAGAUGUAGCCAACCCGCUCAGGUGGUGGCACCCAGAAAUGCUUCAUCCUGAGAUGAAGAAGAGGCAUAAUCUUGCAUCGUACAACCUCAAUUCAUUCGGCCUUCGCUAUGGGAAGUGAGAGCCUUGCUUCAAAGGCUUUGUGUAUACAAAACAAUUCUGUAUUAAUCAACUAUUUAAUAAUUAAAAUCACUCAUCUG